AUGGACUCUUUCGUGCCUCUCGAUAUAAGCAAGCCAUCGCGCGUUGCUUACCCAAUCCCAAGAGAACCAGCCGCUGGCGACCCAUCUGAGCUCGCCAACAUAUUACCCUCCCAACAACCAUCUUCACGAGACCACGACCGCCACGGCCCAGCGCCACUGUUCGAAUACCGAACCUCCCUCCAGCUACGCCAGGAGCAAGCCGAAGCCUUCUAUCGCACGCAGCACAAUCGCUCGAGAGCAUCGAGCUCGACCGGCAGCGUCGCAAACAGUCUUCGCCGCACGCCCAACUUCGAGCGCGCGAGAUCUGUCGAUCCGAGCCAACAGCAGCAGCGCGUUCGCUUCGAGACACCUCGCCCUCGCUCGACCUCCUACGCCGAGCCUCACCCCGCCCUUCGCGUCAGUCAACGUACUGCCUCGGCAAUACGUUUUGUGCUCGAAGAGGGACUCCGACUUCCACAUCCCUUCACCCCGGAUCUGGUCGAAGAGAACGCCCUCAUGUCCGAUCUAACAAGUGGCCGCGCUGCCAAUGGCGGCGCGCGCACAACAGGCGGUCCUGUGCCCGUUGACAGGUCCAACAUACGCACGCCAACGCAGAUCAUGAACGCCAGACGGCAACGGGCUGAAGUGGAGGAACAAAGGAAGGCCGCUGAAGAGGAGCGCAGGAGAGCUAGCGCAGAAAGAAGAGCUCAAGCUGUUUCUGGUGUAGCUGGAGCACCAACAACGGAGCCCGGGACCCAAAGGCAGCCCCAAUCGACAGCUCUGAGAUCUGGCGACCAGUAUGUACAAUACCCGACAUCAUCGGGUGGAGUGCCUCGUCAGCCAGAGAGGCCGAUCCCAUCACAAAACACCAUGAGCGAAGCGCAGGAGACCACUACCGGCGCAUCGCAAUCCAGACCCCGGGCAGCUUCGCAAGCACAGCAGCAGCAGUCUCGACCCGCUCAGGCAAAUCUAGGCCUACCAACGACGGCGGAACAAGGCAGACGGCCAGCUGGCUCAGGGCAUGCGAGGCGACCGUCUGGUGCCACGGCCGCUUCAUCGCAAGCAGGCCCUUCCACCGCUGCAGCACGCCCACCACCUCCGCCAGGCUCGUCCUCCGGACAGGUUCGCGAGUCCACCACUUCAAACUUUCCACAUGCGUUUGAGCGCUGGGAAACACUAUCCUCGCAUUGGGAAGGUCUUACCUCUUACUGGAUACGGCGGCUUGAGCAGAAUACCGAUGAAGUUCGCAGGGAGCCGCUGGCUCAGCAAAUGUCGCGCCAGAUCACCGACCUGUCUGCAGCUGGUGCCAACCUUUUCCAUGCUGUUGUUGAGCUGCAGCGCCUACGCGCAUCUUCCGAGCGCAAGUUCCAGAGAUGGUUCUACGAGCAUCGCCAGGAUCAGGAACGAGCUCAAGAGCGUGAGGCUCAACUGACGGAACAAAUCAACACGGAGCAGGAGGCUCGACUUGAGGCUGAGGCAAACAUGGAACGCAUGGCCACCGAGAAGAAGAACGCCGAACGAGCGGUGUCGGAGAUGAAGCGUGAGCUUCAAAUCUCGAAAGAGGAAGCACGCCGAGCAUGGGAGGAGCUUGGAAGACGGGAGCAAGAGGAACGUGAUCGCACGUUCUCACUCAGAGAAGGGCAGCCUACGUUGGUCGGCGGAGUGCAGGUGGUACCAAUGGCGCAGAACAUGGGGCGUCAAGGGAGGGGACAUGGGGACGACACAUACGCCGGUGCUCAGAGCAGUGGCUCGGGUAUAGAACAGCACUACUCGUAUGAGGAAGGUCAGUCUCCAACUGACACCGAUCCCUUCACGGAAGGCGCUCGCCAUGCGCACCGCGAGCCCGAACCCCCCGCACACGUGGCUCAAGGAACCUACGUCCCAUCAGGUGCAGCAUCCGCCGCCUCCUCUCGACCUGGUGGCUCUUCAGUCGCGGACGAGUCACUAGCCCCUGCUCCAUUACAGUAUCCAUAUUACACGUCUCAGGCACAGCAAGCCCCUGCACAACCGGCCAUGUCUCAGCCUGAGGCGUUCUACCAGCAGCCAGGUUCAUAUCUACAUCAAGAGUCUGAGUCUGGUCUACCCGAGGACGAACAGUCAUACGUCACGUCUCAGGCGGAGGAGUCUGAAGGCGACAUCGAGUACGCCCUGGACGAGAGAGGCAACUUCAUCCGCGAUGAUUCAGGUCGCCGCAUCCCGUUUCGAUCGCUUCAGUCUCCAGUAUCGGAUGAGUAUGAUGUAGAAGAUGCACGUCGACGCGAGCUUGAGCAUCUGCAACACUACGGCACGACUGCCACGUCUUCAGGUGCCUACGCCACGAGUUCGAGCGCGGGAUCGUCACGCCAGGGUCACCCUACCGCUGGCGGUGCACCCGACUACAGUGGUGAUGGCUACGGUGACGAGUGGGUAGGCAUGAGACAUCACCAUCCUACGAGACUGAGUGACGUUCCCGAGGAAGAUGAGAGGAGCCGGACGUCGCCCAGCAGAGCAAGCCAGGCCAGCCGAGGACGCCUCUAUUAG